ACUGUGCGAUCGGCAAAGGUCAGUGUUUCCACUGGUGAUAGUUUGAUUCACAUAUCGUGCACAUUUAAGUAUGAUUUUACAGGAGCAGGAAUGUCUAGGAUUAAUGUGAAAGUGUCGUGCUUUAGGAGACAACACAGUAUUAUCUGACUGCUGUACAACGGUGGCAGGCGGCUUUAGAACUUGCUUUCUUUUCCAUAGAGUUUCGUUUUUAUUAUGAAGAUACUGCAUUUCACGGUUUCCGGGAAUCAUGUCCUGUAAGUCCAAGGUGGCCCCAAGUGUAGAAUUUGACCACAGUUGUUCAGAUAGCGUCGAAUAUCUUACGUUAAAUUUCGGGCCCUUCGAGACCGUUCACCGAUGGAGGAGACUUCCGCCGUGUGAUGAAUUCGUAGGAGCCAGACGCAGUAAGCACACAGUUGUGGCAUACAAAGAUGCAAUAUAUGUAUUUGGAGGAGACAAUGGGAAGAACAUGUUAAAUGACCUGCUGCGCUUUGAUGUGAAAGAUUGUUCUUGGUGCAGGGCUUUCACAACAGGAACACCCCCUGCACCCAGGUAUCAUCACUCAGCGGUGGUCUAUGGAAGUAGCAUGUUUGUUUUUGGUGGUUACACUGGUGACAUUUACUCCAAUUCUAACCUGAAGAAUAAAAAUGAUUUGUUUGAGUACAAGUUUGCUACUGGCCAGUGGACAGAGUGGAAGGUUGAAGGCAGGUUACCUGUUGCCAGGUCAGCUCAUGGAGCAACUGUGUACAGUGAUAAACUUUGGAUUUUUGCAGGGUAUGAUGGAAAUGCCAGGUUAAGUGACAUGUGGACCAUUAGCCUUCAAGACAGAGAGCAGACAAGUUGGGAAGAGAUUGAACAGAGUGGUGAAAUUCCUCCUUCAUGUUGUAAUUUUCCUGUGGCAGUCUGUCGUGACAAAAUGUUUGUCUUUUCCGGUCAAAGUGGAGCCAAGAUUACCAAUAAUCUCUUCCAAUUUGAGUUCAAAGAAAAAGUCUGGACUCGUAUUCCCACUGAACAUCUCCUGCGUGGUUCACCUCCACCUCCCCAGAGACGUUAUGGGCACACCAUGGUGGCAUUUGACCGACAUCUAUAUGUUUUUGGUGGUGCUGCCGACAAUACACUUCCUAACGAGCUUCACUGCUAUGAUGUUGACUCCCAGACUUGGGAGGUGAUUCAGCCCAGUCCAGACAGUGAGUUGCCCACUGGAAGGCUUUUUCAUGCUGCUGCAGUUAUUUCCGAUGCCAUGUAUAUAUUUGGGGGGACUGUUGACAACAAUGUUCGGAGCGGAGAGAUGUACAGGUUUCAGUUUUCCUGCUAUCCAAAGUGUACCCUUCACGAGGACUAUGGGAAGCUGUGGGAGAACAGACAAUUUUGUGACGUGGAGUUCAUUCUGGGGGAGAAAGAGGAGCGUGUGAAGGGACACAUUGCAAUUGUGACUGCUAGAUGUCGCUGGUUAAGAAAAAAGAUUGCUCAGGCACGUGAUAGAUUGAGACAGAAAUGCAAGCCUGAAGUUUUAGAGGAUGAAGUGUCAGCUGGCACUCAAAAGGAUGUAGCCAACAGCACAAAGCAGUUAUGUCUGCAGCCCCUGCUAGAAGUCAGCAUCCGAGAGGCAGAAGCCCAGCCUUUUGAGAUUCUUAUGCAGUUCCUUUACACAGACAAAAUCAAGUAUCCACGGAAAGGUCACGUGCAGGACGUUCUUCUUAUCAUGGAUGUAUAUAAACUCGCUUUGAGCUUCAAGUUAUCGCGCCUGGAGCAACUCUGUUUACAGUACAUUGAGGCGUCUGUUGAUCUGCAGAAUGUCCUUAUUGUGUGUGAAAACGCUAACAAGUUACAACUGGAUCAGCUUAAGGAGCACUGUCUAAAUUUUGUAGUGAAAGAGUCACACUUCAACCAAGUUAUAAUGACCAAAGAGUUUGAGCAUUUGUCAACCCCUUUGAUUGUGGAGAUUGUUCGGCGGAAACAGCAGCCACCUUCCAGAGUGUAUUGUGACCAACCUGUGGACAUAGGAACAUCCCUGGUGCAAGAUAUGAAAGCCUACCUGGAAGGAGCUGGAUUAGAAUUUUUUGACAUCACUCUUCUUUUGGAUGGUCAUCCACGGCCUGCACAUAAAGCAAUUUUGGCUGCUCGCUCAAGCUACUUUGAAGCAAUGUUCCGGUCAUUCAUGCCUGAAGAUGGUCAGGUAAAUAUUUCCAUUGGUGAGAUGGUCCCAAGCAAGCAGGCGUUUGAGUCCAUGCUGCGGUACAUCUACUAUGGAGAUGUUAAUAUGCCUCCUGAGGAUUCCUUGUAUUUAUUUGCUGCACCUUAUUACUAUGGAUUCUCAAAUAACAGACUUCAGGCCUACUGCAAGCAAAACUUGGAGAUGAAUGUCACAGUUGAAAAUGUGUUGCAGAUCCUGGAAGCUGCAGAUAAGACACAGGCCUUGGAUAUGAAAAAGCACUGCCUCCAUAUCAUUGUACAUCAGUUUAUCAAGGUGUCCAAGUUGCCUAACCUGAGAUCCCUCAGCCAGCUGCUGCUGCUUGACAUCAUUGAGUCCCUAGCCAAUCACAUUUCCGAUAGGCAGUGUGCAGAAAUGGGUGCAGACAUUUAGCUUCAUUCUGGGCAGCUUCUGAUGCGCAGCUUCUCUACGAUGAUGGCACUCCUUAUUUGUAUGCCUGCAGUGCACAUGCAGGAAUCUAAAAAAGCACGGAGGUGUUCAUUUCUGUGUCCUUGGUUGUCAGUGUCCCAGAUGACCAACUGACUUGUCUUUGGCUGUAAUUUUUCAUUUCUGCACUUCUGAGCAGUAUCUGUAUAAUAAAUGUGAUUCUAUAAAUGCAUGUGUUUUGUAUAUUAUAGCCAAUUUGAAAUGUUUUAUAUAAUUUCUGUUUGCAAACGUAUAACCUUUAUAAAGUGUUACGCAGAACUCUGCUAGUGUGCAUUUUCUUUGAGACCAAAUGCCAGUUUGGAUGUGACUCAUUUUUCACUGUACUUUCCAUUGCCACCAUAGUAUUGGUACAUAUGUCAUGAUAUUUAUAGUGCCUUUUACUGCUAUAAAACUCUCCAGUCCUGCUUGUAUCUUGUACUGUGCCUUUUUAUAACAACUCAAACUCCUCUGCCUCAUGUCAUGUGUUUUGUUUUUUUUUUCCCAUGGAAAUGCUGCUUCUGGUGCCUAAUUAUGAACUUGUGAGAACCGAAACUGCAAUUAAAGGAAACCAAAAUUGACACUAAAA